UCAACAUAAACAGGUUGUGUGUGUUGUUGUGCAUGUUAUUAUCAUUUUAAUUCCAAGUGCCGUGAUUUUUGCAUAGUAAUGCCCUCUAUUUUCAAAAACCAGUUCAAUUUGGUAAUAUCAUAUUCCAAUUACGUGUUUGAAGCUGGUUAGUGCUUAUAAUAUUAGUUUUAGCGUUAAGAACUAAUAAGUGUUGAUUUUCCUCAAACCUUAGUUUAUUCUGAAUUUAUCCUUGAGAUAAUUAGUAUAUGCAGAGUCAGUGAAUUAUCUCAAAGCUGAGGUAAACGGUAUAGUCAUGUAAAUAUGACUAUUUUUUGUACAGCGCGGGGUGCUGUCGCCGUAGUAAGGAGAAUACUCGCAACUAAAUAAGUGCAUAUUAUUAUAGUCAACAUUUCGAACCGGGCACACAUAAUGUUGUAAAUGUGAGUGUUUUGUAAGAUGGAUUCAAUGCUAUCAGAUGCCGAUGCGGAAGCUGGUAUGCAUGAGGUCGACUGCGUUCCUCUGCUGCCACUCAGUGAUUCAAUUCGAGAUCGUAUCUUGCCAAAACAAUACAGCACUGAGUCACUCAAAGGACUGUCGAGUUUCUACGGAAUAGACAGUGCAAGACGCACCAGUGAUGCGACGGAAGUUUACCAGUGCCAGAGAAAAUACGCCUCUGAAAACGCAAUUCGACCGCGCUUCAACACAGUCACCGAUGUCUUUACUGACGAGAUCCGCAGGCUUCGAGCGCGGUUAGAUACCCGGUUACAUGAGGCUGUUAUUGAUCAAGAUAUAUCGGAAAUCGUGCGUCUGAUUUCGAAUGGAGCUUCACCCGCCGCGCUCGACCACUCCGGGUUGACACCUUUACAUUUGUGUAUACGUCAUAAACUAAUCAAACCAUUCCAAGCGCUGUUACAACACAAAGAUAGCGCCAACGUCAGAGAUGCUCGUGGUCUAUCAGUACUGCAUGUGGCCGUGUUGCAUCGCUGGUUGCCAGGCGUGGAGGCGGCGCUGGCGGCCGGCGCUGAUGUUACAGCACUCUGUGAUGCCAGCAAACCUUUAUUAUCCCACUCACUUAAUUGCGAGAGAUACCAGCAUGUUUCUUAUGAAGAUUUCGUUCUUGCUUUUGUACAAACACCAAUUCAGUUAGCAACAAAAGUGGGGGAUUUAGCUAUUCUGUUAAAACUUUUAGAUGUUGCUGAACGAAUGGGAGUAGUAGACUGUCAUAACAAAAAAGGUCAGACACCCCUUUACACGGCCAUUAUGAAUGGCAACUUGGAGGCUGUGGAAAUUUUUAUAAAAAAAGGAGCAUUAGUAGAUAAUGUCUCAAAAAGAAGAGAGACUGCUUUGCAUAUCGCUGUGCGUAAACCCGCUAUUUUGAAAUAUUUGCUGGAUAACACAAAUUGUCCAAGCUCCUUCAGUGAAUAUGGUUACGCACCAAUUCAUAAAGCUGCGUAUUGUAAUAAACCUGAAUCCGCGAAAUUACUUCUGAAUAAGUUUAAUAACAUUGAAUUAAAAACAGUAUCAUUGAAAAAUAAUGUAACGGAAGAAAAAUCAGGUGGCUUUACGGCUUUACAUAUGGCUGCAAAAUAUUUUAGCAAUGAAACAGGCGAAGUUUUGCUGGAAAUGGGUGCUAACCCUAAUGAAGUUGAUGAUCUCGGAAAUACUCCUCUGCAUGUAGCAGCUAAAACUAUGAACAGGACUAUGUCUGAGAUACUUUUGCGCAAUGGUGCAGUGCUAUCAGCUAAAGAUCAGGACGGAAAUUCUGCAUUACGAAUAAUAGCUACUAAAUUUCAUGAUGCUCUAAGCUUUUUCGAAUUGGUGUUUGACGAAUUCGUCUGUACUAAGGGGCUAUAUCCCAUGGGGACAACUGUAGUUUGUGUAAACUAUGAAGUGCUUUCAAGAAGCAGUGAUUCAAGACAGAUAAAAGCUAUAGAGGAAUUUGUAAGCUGUGGCAUGAGAAAAAUACUUAUGCAUCCAUUUAUUGAAAGCUUAUUGUAUUUGAAGUGGAGACAACUUUUGCCAAUAUUUUACGUCCUGAUGACAGCAUACGCGUUAUUUCUUGUUUCAUUUAAUAUUUUUGUUGUAAAUGUAUUUUAUUGUAAGGACAAUAUGGUGCACGCUAAUAUUAGCGAAUCUCCUUCGAAUCGGACGAAAAGUUCAGCCGAGCUACCUUGGUUUGAAAUGUUUGAUAAGUGGUAUUACCUUCUAUUGGCAUUGAUAUACGUUUCAAUUAGUUUGCUAGGUUUACAGGAAUCUUUCUACAUUUAUUUGAAAAGGCUACACUACUUCGAUAGUCUGGAGUCAUGGGUGAAACUGACUGGUCUUAUCCUGGCCGCCAUUCUUCCACUAACUGUGCAUUUUGUGGAGAUGGCAGCCUGGCAACGUCAUGUGGCCUGUGCCGCGCUGUUGCUGGUCUGGCUUCAAGCAAUGUUCUUACUGUCCCGAUUUCCAGGGUGGGGGUAUUACGUCCUCAUGUUCGGGAAAGUCGCAAUCAAUAUGUUCAAGGUGUUCAUCACGUCUAUAUGUUUAGUUGUUGGAUUUGCUUUUUGUUUUAUGAUACAAUUCCAAUCUGAACCGCCUUUUGAUGGUCCGAUAUCUGCAGUCGUCAAAACAUUAAUUAUGAUGUCUUCCGAGUUUGACUAUGAAGAUCUAUUUGGACAAGCCCAUGAUAAACAACUUCAGGACUCCAGAACAAUCGUCAGAUUGCUCUUUUUGGUAUUUGUUAUUUUCGUGGCAAUAGUUCUGGUAAACUUUAUGAUAGCUGUGGCCGUCAGUGAUAUUAACAACCUGAACAUAGCGGGAAAUAUUAGCAGGCUCGAGAAACAAGUGGAAUUACUCAGUUCUUUAGACGUUUUAGUUAACUGUGGACCAUUGUCAAGAAUGUUCAAAAAAAAGUACGGCGGUAAAAGGUAUCACAAAAAGAUGUAUAAUUCUAUCAAAGCGAAUAGGACGUGGUUUGUGGAGUGUUCGUCUUCGGUUGAAAUGUACCCUCAGGUUCUUCCUUCAGCACUUUACAGAGCUAUAAUAGAAAUAGCAAGAAAGAAAGAUGAACGUUUUAUGAAAAGUAAUGUAAGAAACACCUCGAAGACUAAACUAGAUGCCGUGUAUGACGCUAUUAUAGGCGGCGAAUUUGGAAUUGAUACAGAUGAUAAAGAGAAAGAAAACAAUACGUAUUGGCUGAGGGAGACAAUACUUAAACAGAAUGAGAAGAUAAAUCAAUUACAAUGUGACAUCCUUGUUAUUAAAGAAAUGUUGGCAGAUAUGAAAGUUAACAAAAACGUUGGCGAAAGAAUUAGCUUGUGAUUAUAAGUCAAAAAACAAAGGUAGCGAGUGCAAUAUUUUAUAAAGGGAAUAACACCGAAAGUAUGAGGACUUAACUGAGAUUGAGGGAAGGUCAUGGACACUAUUAAAGAAUAUAAAACUUGUAAAGAAACAAAAGAGACGUUAAACAUGAUUUAGAAACAUUUAAGAGUUCUAAUUUUCAGGACUUUACUGAUACAUAUGAUAUGCUACGAGCGUGUAACAGCAUAUAUUAUUUUAUCAGAUAAAGACACAAAACGUCGUGAAUAAAUGUAUAAAGGAUAUUUCCGCCCGAGCAAAUGGAUUCUCGCAUCAAGUAUUAGAACAAAAUGUCGUGUUGUAUAAAAUACGUCGCAACGCCGUGCGACGAGGGUUUAUUGACUUGCAUUCUGCUCUAUGUCGCCGGUACAGUGGAGUUCAAAAGUGCAUGGAUAGAUGUCGACCGUAAUGCCUUAAUAUUACGGUUGAAACAUAUCCAUGCACUUUUGAACGCCGCUGUACCUAGCUGCAGGGGAACACAGCGCGUGAUAUUAAAACAGUGACGCAAUACCAUAUUGACUUGUCAGCUUGGGAUAUAGCAAAUGUAAUUAAUGACAUUAUCGUUGUGCUUAUUCAAGUUUAGCUUGCCAGGUUGUCAGAUUGCCGCUAUUAUAAAAAAUAGCAUUUACCUAUUAUAUAGGUAAUGUGUAAAGUUAACGAAAUAACGGUUCGCAUUUAAAUAAUUUGUGAUACGUGUACAUAAUAAUUUUAAUUUUAGUAUAUAUUUAGCAAAGCCUCGCCUUACUUACAAAUUUAUUCUAACUGUAGGUAGGUUUUUGGCAUUAAAAGUUUUUUAUAAAUAAAUAUUUAUGUUAAGUUUAAGUGGAUUACUUAAAUAUAAAAUUAUUUAUUAUUUGUGCAUAACAUUAUCAUUUUGUGUCCAUGACCCCGAAUCUGAUUUUAAUUUCUUGUUCUAUUAUUGUUAUGGAUUUGAUCCGUCAGCUUUUACAGUGACAUUUUUAAGUUUUAUUAUGUUUGCUUAUUUCUUUCUUUGUUUUUAUCAAUAAAGAAUACACCAAAAAAUUAAAAUUGGAAUUUGCUUCCUUGUUGUAUAGCUUACAAAUGCUUUUGAUGAUUUUGAUUUAAUAUUUUCUAUUGAUGACAAAGAUUCAAACAAUACCAAUCUUUCACUAACAAAGUGUGCGACAAAAAUAUAAUUCAAGUGUUUUGCUGAUUUAACCGCAGCCACUGUGACCAGAAUGGCGAACUAGGCAAAUGUCACGGGCGUGAGAGCUUUCCCAUUCACCUGUUAUGGAGACAAUAAAUAAUACAAUAGACACUCCAACGGAAUAUAGGUUAUUUUAACAGCUCCUGAGAAUUCAUUAUGGAAUUUCCACAUGCAUACAUUAACCAUUCAGUUUAAUUAUUUUAUGUUUUAGAAAAACUAAGUUGAUGUUUCUUAUAAAUAAAACAUUUACCCAUCCUUCUUGCAUUGUGAAGCAUUACCAAAUUAACAUUAAUAACCACUUAUAAAAGUAAAAACCUUAGGAGGAGGUUUAAUUAAUGAUCUCCACACGCUCUUAUGGUAACAUUUCAUUUCUAACCGCAGCUGCACUACCGGUACUGAACGCGUCGCUGUCAUUGUCAAUUUUAAUAGUAAAAUUAACAGUAAUGCAGCUGUCGUUGGAAAUGGACUGUCACCUUUACUCCGUUAACAAUCAAGUUUUGCUCAAAUUGCACCUUCUGUCGCUGCCUGUACCUUACAAAAACAAAUAAUGGCUCCGUAUUUGAAUUGAAAUAAUCUACCUAGCAUACUUUUAACUCGAAGCGAAAGUGACGCAAGCACAUUACGCAAACACAGACUACGAAAUGAGUUUAUUAUACUGCCCUGACCUGAGUAAGCUUCAUUCUAUCUGUAUCUUUAGGUAUUUAAAUAGAAGUAUACAAAUAAUUUGUACAUUUUCGGGUAGUUAUAACAUUAAUUGAUUAACCAACCAAAUAAAAAUCCACCUGGGUCUGUCACUCUUUAACCUACAUUAUUUGAUCAUGGUAAUGUUUUCGUCUACCCUGAACUGGCUUAAGAAGCCAUUUGAGGGUAAAUUUUGAUAAUUUUUUUUAAAU